GGAACGAUAGUUAAACAUUCUCCCUAUCAACAUUAAGAUGUCGUUCGUUCAAACAAAGUUAAGUAUAUAUUGCGUGUUUAUUGUUACGGAAUAACUUUAAACUUUAGAAAUGUAAACUUUAUACGGUCUAAUACACAAACAAAAUAUUUAGUGACGGACUUUAUACUUACUUCCUUGUUCACUUCACAGAAAUGAAGGAAAGGAAAUGUUGGGAAUAGUUUUCUUACUGUGUCUGAACUUUUACAUUUCUUCUGCAGAUCUAGCCGCUAUCGUGGGCGGAAAAGUUAAUCUGGAUUGUGAUAAACGUGGUGCUUCUUUUGAAUGGCAAAAACAGGACAACUCUUAUAAUUUUUUAUAUUUACCUUAUGACGAUGUGAAGUAUGACGGAAGACGCACAUCUCAUCUAACCAUAAAAAACGUUGAUACAAAUGACUCCGGUGUUUAUCGUUGUUAUGCAUAUUAUAGAGAUGGUAACUUCAAAGCAGCUGGUUCUAAUGUAAUGGUAACAGUAACAGUAAAUGGAAGUUGGGGAUAUUGGAGUGCAUGGAAUGAUUGUACAGUAUCGUGUGGUGGUGGCCAAAGGUUAAGAUACAGAAUUUGCAAUAAUCCUCCUGCAUCCGGUGGUGGUUCAACAUGUAGUGGUGACAAUAAGGAGUCCGAGAAUUGUUCUAAUAAUAAAUGUCCAGUAAAUGGAAGUUGGGGAUAUUGGAGUGCAUGGAAUGAGUGUACAGUAUCGUGUGGUGGUGGCCAAAGGUUAAGAUACAGAAUUUGCAAUAAUCCUCCUGCAUCCGGUGGUGGUUCAACAUGUAGUGGUGACAAUAAGGAGGCCGACAAUUGUUCUAAUAAUAAAUGUCCAGAAUGGUCCGAUUGGCAAUCUUGGAAUCCGUGCUCUGUGAGCUGUGGUUACGGGUCGAGAUCGCGUAAUCGUUUUUGCCAGCAAUGCAGUAGCAGUUGUACGUUUGUUGAUGUCGGAUAUUGCAGUGGUUCAUCACUUGAAACUGAAAAAUGCUCAUUCAAAUCAUGUAAAGGUAGUCUAUAUGGUUCUUUGACAAUUGGAUGUGAUUUGAUAGUGACAGGUGGAACUAUUUACUGGCAGAAAUAUGAAAAUCAAAAUAUUAUACCCGAUAACAGAAGUAAAUAUAGUGGAAUACACGCUGCCAGUCUGACAAUAUUCUAUUUGCAGUACAACGAUGAUGGCCGCUACAGAUGUGAAUUAUUUAGUUGGGGUAACUUGUAUUCCUAUGGAAAUUACACACAGAUUACUGUUUAUGGUAAGCCGCAGGUAACAAUAUCUCAUCCAUUAUAUGCUGUUGAAAUCGGAGGAAGUAUCACAUUUUACUGCAGUAUUCAAAGUAACCCAGCAGUUAGUGAGUUAUGGUGGACUGAUAACCAAGCCCAAGUUAUCAUUGACGCACAAAGAUACAGUGGUGGAAACAAGCAAAACCCUAAUCUUACCAUUAUAAGUGUGAAGGAUUCCGAUCGUGGUGUAUAUACAUGUAAUGCAAAGAAUACAUUCGGUACAGCGGAGGCAAAUACCACGCUAAUCUCUGGAAAUAUAUCUCAGGCAACCAUAUUGAAGGACUAUUAUGUCGCCAUAGAAGGACAAAAUAUAACUCUAGAAUGUCGCAUAAAGACCGACCAGUCAAAUAAAGAUCUAUACUGGUUGAAAGGCACAAAAAAUCAGAGGCUUUAUCGGACUGACAAAUAUAGUGAGAGCACACUAAGUAAACCGUCUCUGACUGUUAAGAAUAUAAAGAAGAUUGAUGCCGGAAAUUACACAUGUAAAUUGGUAAAUACAUUUGGAACUUCUGAGGACGUUGUUGAAUUGAAAGUUCUUUCUGUAUACGUUCAAGAUCCAAUAAACCUGAAUAUAAGGGCAAAUGAAACAGUAACGUUACCAUGUGUAGCUACUGGUGGUAAUCGUGUAGCAUGGCGACGAAAUAAUCAAGAGAUUGUUACAACCAGUAGUAUGGAAUAUAGUGGAGGUACUGUGAAUACUCCACCGCUAACAAUCUCAAAACUAAGCAGGUACCACUCGGGGAACUAUACAUGUGAAACAUCUUACGACCUUGUUAAAGUCACCAGCAAGAAAGCUAUUCAACUGUAUGUGAAAGAUACUCCAUUAGUAUACCGAUCAUCAGAUAAUAUUCAAGCUUCAACUGGUGAUACUAUUCAACUCAAAUGUGUUCAUGAGUCAUACCCUGUACCUACGGCAGUCUUUUGGAAAAGAGAUGGUGAAUAUCUGAAUGUAUCUGAUUCAAAAUAUAAUGGAAGUUCUAUUAAAGAUUCAUCUUUAACCAUUUUGAACACGGAACAAAUAGAUUCAGGCAUUUAUGUGUGUGGCGUAGUCAAUGAAAUAGGAACAGGGUACAGUAGUAGCAUCCAACUAAUAAUUACAGAUCCAGAAAAGACCAGUACUGCUUUAGCAUCAGCUGUUGGUGGUGUGAUAGGAGUAAUAGUUGUAUUUGUUGCUGUAUUUAUAUGUUUUAUUGUCUUCCGACGAAGACGAAAUUCACAUGAGAAAAACACAAAGAGACAGAAAGUGGACACAAGACUUACAACGUCUGAGCAGGCCGUUCAGUACAGCACAGAAACAAAAGCUCAAGGGGAAAUGUAUAUGAAUAUAGGCCGGGUCUCAUCUACUGAUACUGAUGAGGAUGAAGCGCCUUCGUCAAUACUGACGAAACUGAAUCCAAACAAAGAGACGGAGCCUAAAUCAAGCAAGAAAAUGAAAUCAAAUGAUAAUGAAUCUACCAAACAAAACAAUACAAAGGAAAAGACCCCCUUAAACAGAAACCUGGACAAUGGCAAUGAUGAUUCAACGUAUUACAACAUUGAUGACAUAAUCACAAGUAUAAGAGUCAGUGAGCUGAAAAAUUAUAUUUUCAAAAGAAAAUCGAAUAUGAAUGUCAAGUUAGAAGAUGAAUAUAAGAAAAUACCAUAUGGAGUUCAACACCCCACUACAAAGGCUCAACUAAAAGAAAAUCUACCAAAGAAUAGAUUUAAAACAACUUUUCCAUACGACCAUACAAGGGUAGUAUUGGAACCAGGUCAUGGAAUAGCUUCAGAUUAUAUAAAUGCCAACUAUGUUGACGGUUUUGAAAAGGGAAAGUGUUAUAUAGCAUCACAAGGACCAGUAAAGCAUACUAUUAAUGACCACUGGAGAAUGAUUUGGCAAAAUAAUACAAGAAAGAUUAUAAUGUUGACAAAUUUGGUAGAAGGCCCAAAGAGGAAAUGUGAACAAUACUGGCCAGAAGGAGGAAAACCGAUCACUUAUGGUAAUCUUGUUCUAACCCUACUAACAGAAAAGGAACGAGCUGCAUAUAUCACGAGGGAGAUACAAGUUGAAGACAAAAAGACAAAAGAGAAGAGAUGUAUCAUACAGUACCAUUUCACUGCCUGGCCUGAUCAUGGAACACCAGAUCCUCUGUACCUUGUAUUGUUUCACAAACAUGUGAUAUCUGAUCAUACAAGUACUGAAAAUAAUGGACCACUUCUUGUUCAUUGCAGUGCUGGUAUAGGCAGAACUGGGACAUAUAUCGGACUUGAUGCUUUAUAUGAAGAAGGACGUGCUACUGGGUUUGUGGAUGUCGUUAAGUUUGUUAAGAAAAUGAGGUACAGCAGGAUGAACAUGGUGCAAACACCUGAGCAGUAUGUUUGCCUGCAUUAUGCCUUACUUGAGGCUUUCACAAUGAAGGACACCAACGUUGGAAAGGAAGAAUUCGGAACUAUCUGGCAGGAAAUUGUGUUAGAUAAGGGUCCUGUAAACAGACAACGUCUUCAUGAAGAGUUUAAGAUGCUUGAAGCUAAGAAAUCGGAGCAUGAUCAGGCCCAAUAUGUUGCUGCUAAAAGCCCCGAAAAUGUAAAAAAGAACAGAAACAAGAGUAUCAUUCCUACGGACAACAACAGACUGUUUCUUACUUCAUAUGAAAAAGGAAGAACUGAUUAUAUCAACGCUGUGCAAGCUCCAUCAUAUACAAAGUUUGUUGGAUAUUUGACAACACAGCUACCACUACCGGACACGAAAGUUGACUUUUGGACUAUGGUUAGAGAUCACAAUUCGUCUACAAUUGUUGUGUUUCUAAAUGACCCAGCUGAGGCUGACUUGGUUUACUCAACGUCUAAGGACUCAUUUACAUGUGGAAAAUAUAGCUUGACAAUAACAAACAGAGGAAAAGAAGAUAUGGAUGUUACAAGUUGUAAAGUCAUUCUAUCCAAGAAGGAUGACAAAGCGAGAGAAAUAGCCCUGUAUCUUGCAGUGACCAAGGGCCUUCCUGAUGCACAGGUUUUGUGCAAACUUGUUAAUCUGAUAUCUACUCGUGUUAGCAUGUCAAAUGAUCCAGUGACCGUUGUCAGCGGUGAUGGAGCCAAGAACUGUGGGGUUUUCUGUACAUUUGCAAACGCUGUUUCCAGUAUGACAAUAGAUAAUAAUGCAAACAUAUUUCAACUAGCCAGACUGUUGCAGUUAAGGAGACCAGAGUUCUUUUCUGAUUUUAAUGAAUACCGUCUAUGUUAUGAAGCUUUGAAUCUCUAUUUGGAGUCCUCAAGCGUUUACGCAAAUUUCUGAUUGAUUGGGAAAUCAUUUGAUACAGAUGUCAAUAAAGAUUGCGGUUCAUUUAGGCAUUGGGGGCUUUUGUAAAAUGUCCGAAUUCGUUAAAGACGGAACAACAUGGUUGAUUAUUUGUAUAGCUUUUGUUUGAAGAACAUUAACUAUUUAAAGGACUAUUGCUUACUAUUGUCAUUACUGUAUGUAUUUAUUAAUUCAUUUAUAUAUUCAUUGUUAUUCGUUAUCAAAUUAUUGACAAACUCAUGACAUGUUUUCACCCUAGUCUUAUGUUGGUCUAUCCCCGGGAAGGAACUUGUAGUUUAAGUUGUCGUCUGUUGCCGACUGCCGGCGUUUAAUGUUAUAAAGCUAAAAUCCUGCUGUAAGCUUAACCAUUAGAACUCCUUCGCAUUUUGUUAUCCGGUACAUUUUAUAGAUUAAUCUACGGUGUAAUCAUCCUCCUUAUUGAAGGUCGUACAUCGACCUGUAACAUCUUUGACCUUUUUGUUUCUUGUAAAUAGUUGUAUCAUUGGCUACCAUACCAUACUUCCUGAUUUUUAUAUACUGCAUUGAAUAAGAUUUGAGAUGGAUAAUCUGGUAUUUCUUUUAUUAUCUUAUUAGUACUAGUGUUAUCGACUGUUGUUAUGUGUCUUUUGCUACAUUUUAAUAUUCUAGGUAACUUGUUACAAAGAGUCAUGUAAGUUGUACACCUACUAAAUGGUAAAUAAAUAAGUUGAAAACCAAUUUGUGCUUCACAUGGGUUUUUUUUUUCUUUCUUUUUGUUAUUAUUUUGAUUGAAAGAAUUUCAAAGAUAACUUGCGUUUUAUAUAAAUUAAUUACAAGGGGAAAGAAACAAAGGUGAUAAAAUAUAAUUCAUCCAUCAUUUUUGGUAUAAACUAAACAUCAAUAUCAAAUUGUAAUUUCCUUAGAAGAAUAAUGAUUUUCUUUUCUGCUUUUUCUCAAAAAUUAUUCAAUGCUUGUGCAUUUUCGAUAUUAUUUUUUGUAUUUGUUAAACAUUUUGCAUGUUUCAUAUAACAUGCAAUGAUCCAUGACAAGGAAUACCAUAACCUCAAUAUUGUAUAGCCAUUUUUUCCUGUUUUAUUAUUUGUUAUGAAUUGAUAUAGUGCUUUUAAUAAAUAUAUGUUUAUUUUGA